UUUCGUGGUUGCUAUGCGACCACAUGGCAAGAGGAAAAAAAAAAAAAAACAAACGCGCGCCGAAAUUUCAAGGAGAUAAAAUGGUGAACAUCAACGAAAUCCAAUUGAAAAUCAACGACUCUUUCGUAUUUCGAAGAUUUGAGAAAAUCGAUUGGAAGCAAAUUGCAUCUUUGAACAUGGAACAACUCAAAGUUAGUAGAGACUGGGACAUUAUUGAAAAAAAUUUGUGCAAUAUCCUGUGCUGUCACUUGGAGUCUGAAUUCAAGCAAUCUGACCUUGAUCCUAAUGUCUGCAAACUGUUUCAGCUGGCCCAAAUUAGCAUCGAGUACCUGUUACAGAUUAGACAACAGAUUUUGACUGAGCUGCAGAAAUGUGAAGAGAAAAUGCAAACUAGCCAGUUGUCUCUAGGUGAAGCGCUAAAGGCAAAAGAGCAAGCUGAAAAGAAACUUAAAGAGCUUAAAAAAGAAAGUAAAAAACCAACUAAUCAGCAACAUUAUUACAGGUGCCCAGCUUGUCCCAAAACCUUUUUCAAUGGAGAAUACCUCCAUGGCCAUUGGCAGAGACGACACCCAGAAUAUGUUACCGUAAUCUCAUCAAACCCAGCAGCAACAGCAGCAAGGGUGUCACCUGUCCAGCCGUCAACACCAGUGAAAGAAACUUUUUCCCCUGUCCCACCAGUAACAGUGUCAUCACCAAUAAAAACAUGUGAUACACCAGGAGAACCUUACCAGAAUAAAGAAAUCAGCGAACUCAAGGAACGCUUGCAGUUGGCAGAAGCCCAGUUACAAAACGAACAACAACUACUUCAUUCCGUUAUAGAGAAGAUGGAAAAAUCUAACGUUAAUUUACAAGACAUGCUCGCCCAAGAAGUUGAAAAAAUCUGUGCAACGUUGCAGGAGAAGAAAGUUGAACAGCUAGUCAUUCCAGCAGAAGCUCCUUAUUCUCCUCAGAAAACAGUCCAGUCGUCCAGCGUUCAAACGACACCGCGAAUGUUUCAUGAACCUGAAACGCCAGCUGUCACGUCGCCACUGCAAAGAAGUCACAUUACAAAUAAAACUGCCACCCAGGAUGUUAUGACCACUCCAACUCCAUCCGUCCGGUCCGUCUACAAGUCAGAGUCAAUGAGCUUGACUCAGAUUAGUGGAAGCCCCCAACAAGAAGAUAAAUUUUUAAGCCAUUCGUCUCCUUCAUCAAGUAUUGGUGAACACACUAGCGAAGAUGAGAAACCUCGCAUCGAAAUGGCAAAACCGGAAAAGAAAAAAGCGGUUCAUAAAGUGAAUCGUCAGGUUUUGAUGGAUCGUUUCAAAAAGACGAUUGAGAAUGCCCUGGGACAGCGGAUGCAAUUGCUUGGAGUUGACGUGAACCGCAAAACUCUCUCCAACUCAACAUUUCGUCUAUUGUCGGAGAAGCUGAAAUCAAAUCAAACUGCCGAUUAUCUCCAGAUGCGCAAUCGUUUCGAAUCGCAGUUGAAGGAACGUUUAAAAAAUAUCCAAGUUAAAUCUCCGACAAAGAGCCACGAGAAGCCCGUGAAUUCAAAACCACUCCUAACGGUGGCAUCUAAUAAUAGACAGAAACGGCCAAAAAUGGAACAAGAACAUCCGGUAAUCACGACUCCUGUUCGGGCUCCAGUGCCCACUCCACGAUCCAGGAAUCAGAUAACAGAACCGCCGACCUCAUUAUCUUUGAUGGCUCGAGAUGGAGAAGCUCAUUCCGUACUUCCGUCUUGCAAUGUCAAAGAACUGACUGCCCAUCUCGAACGUCAGAUCAACGAAACCGUCCUGGUUGAUCCGCCUGUUAAUAGUGUCAACAUUCUUCGUAAAGCGGAGGUGAAAGAACCGGAAAAAGCGGAAACAGAAGAAGACAGUUUUUCGUUUUCCUCGUUGGAUGCGAUCUUGACGGAGUUGAAGAAACCCAACAGGUUAGCAGGUGAAACAGCAACGCCAUUGAGCGCAACCAAAUCCGUUCAAUGGCGCGUUCCAGUUGAAACUGCUCCUGACGAGACCUUGUGGGACUCGCCGUGAUUAUUUGGUGAGAAGAAAAUUUUCUCUUUCUAUUUGGUGGGCACAGUAGAUAAGAAUAUUACCAGCACAAAUGUUUAGAUUUAUUUGUCAGACCAUCACAGCAUUUAAAGCAACAGGCGCAUAGAUAAAAAGACACAGCACAUGAAACGCUUUGAAUGAUGUCUGGCAAACAUGGUAAAUGUUACAAUUUUUCUUUAAAGGCUGAA